AUGGCGGUACCCAAACGAAGAAAAGAAAAAGUAGACGGCUUAAUAGUUGUCAUUGGUAUAUGUUAUGUUGCCUUUUUCAUUACUAUGAUUUCUAUUAGUAUUAUUUGGGCUCAUAAACCAGUUGCUCCAACUCCCGUGCCGAAAAUAGAAGUAGCUUCAAUGGAUUUCACGAUACAAAAUAUUACACAAACUCAUCUCAGUGCCACUUGGGAUUUAUUGACAAGGAUCCCCAGGAUGCUUCCUGAUAACUAUAUAUGUCUUCAAGGAGACCUUCAAGCUUCCUUGUUUUACAAGAAUAUUACCAUUGCUAUCUCCUCUAGACAAAGGUACGACAAUCUUCAGCCCUACUCGCCACAACAACUUAGGGUUUCAGCUUCUAUCUCUGAAGAAGAUAUCGGUGGUUUGAUUGGAAAAAACAUUAUUAAAGAUAUAAAAGACAAGAAGGAAGUGAAGUUCGGAUCACAGUUGUUCCUUACGGAUUGUAGAGAAAAGUCGAAAGGAGUUAUGAGGUAUGUGUGUGAUGAAACCACCUUAAGGUUCGAGCCUGGUUCUGAGACAAAGGCGACUUCGUUCGGGGACAACCCUACCUGCAUCAAUUUUUAA